AUGAGUCCGGCAGAGCACAAGUUCAAGUUGCGCGUGGGCCAGCGGAGGCAAAAGCUUUGCCUCCAGGGUGGUUGCGUGGAACUUAGCGAGAUAACUGGCCGGUCCAUCGUCAACGAAAGAUUGCAAGGCAAGCGCAACGUCCCUCGGCGGCUGCAGAAGAAGCUGCGGCUGGAAGAGCUACUUGAAAAGCUGAUGCCGCUGCAAGCUUUCAGGUGGCUGUGGGGUGUGCGCUCCGACGACGAGGAGACUUUGCGACAGCUGCGACAGGAGAGUGCCGAGCUGAACUUCAUGCUAGGCCUGGCCUGCUGGUCCAGCUUAGUUGCCCCUCCCUCCGCCCUGCAUCUCUCUGUGCCUGUGGCGAUCCUGUUCCUCCUGGUCUUCUCGGAUAAGCUGAUCACCGUGCUCUUGCAUUACGUGAUUCUGCCCUUGAGCUUCGCUGGCUUGCUGUCCUGCUGGGCGACUUCUACAUUCGCGUCCUCGGUGACGUCUCUGGCUGCUGUCGUGGUCAUUGUUGGUCGGCUAAGACUUUGUGGUGACCUACCUCUUCUUCUUCUUUUCUUCUUCUUCCUCUUCCUGGUUGACCUUUGUGGGGUGAUCUUUCUGGACGUCCUCUUCGUGACCUUGUACUUCUGGGGUGUCUUCCUGGAGUUGCGAUGGACAAUCUCGAGACUCAACCGGAUGAUUUGGAGGAGAUGCAAGUUGAGCCAGGUCGUGCAUGUGGUACGACCGGUGCCCGACUCCGACGAGGAUGAGGACAGCCCUUCCAAGCGCCCACAGAUUGGGGAGGAGAAGCCACUCACAGCUCGUGAACUUCGUGAGCUCCUCUUUGGUCAUGUGCAUGAAAUGAAGUCUGCCUGGCACUCCUUUCAAGGUCGUCUCGAGAAUGUCGAACGCGAACAGGGUAAGACCACCUUUGAAGUUUGUAACCUUCAAGCUAGAACUCGUGUGCUCGAGAAGGACCUGGGGCAGCAGCGGCAAACCUCGACCGCCCACGCUACGGCUCUUGAAAGCCUCACAGCUGAUGUGAAGAAUUUGAGGGUGAAGCUUGAUGAUCUUAGUGCACGAGGGUCCCCCGCUGUCGCUGGAUCUGGACCUCCUGGUGAUGCCGCUCCAGCUGGUGAUCCUUGGGCUGAAUAUCUUAGACAUCAUCCUUCUGGUCGUCCUGCUCCCGCUGGAAACGAUGGCAAAGAUGGAGGUGCCCGAGCCUCUGGCUCUUCAGCUGAUGAUAGGGGUGAUGCCUUGUCCGAGGACGACAAACGAACAUUGGUUGUCGGCGGUUGGCUCCAGGACACCAAACGCAGCAUCAUCGAGGAAGAAUCUGCGGCGAUUCUCAAUCUGCCGGAGGUAAAGAACCUUGUUGACAGCGAAAAGCUUCUGAUCUUUGGGCCGAGGCGAUCGGUUGGCAUGCUGCGAUUCUCUGUUCGAGAUGGGGAAGACUUCCAAGGGAUGAAAACUCGCAUGUGGGAACUCGUUCGUGCUCUGGGACGCAUUAAGCACAUCCUUCCCAGCACCAAAGCAUCUGGUGAAGAGAAGACUAUGUGGGCUUCGUUUGUGAAGACAAAAAACGCGAGGCUGCGAAGUUCACAUGUCAGCUUGACACGUCGAGUUGUUAUUUCCCUUACGAAAGAUGGCGGUCAUCCCAAUGGCCCAAACACCCUGAUCGGGGCGUAUGACUGCGAUUGGAACAUGGGGACAAUUUGGAAUGGGUGUGAAAAACUCGCCAGCUCAACCCAUCGAAAGCCUGCUAAGACUGAGGAUGAGUUCGUUGUCAUGAGCGGGGGAUGGAUCAAUGUCUCAGCUGUUGCCAGAGUUGCCGGAUGCUCCACGGAUGAUGCCCGUGGAGCUUUCGAACGUGAGCUGAAGUUGCUCGUGAUGAUCCUGGGUGGAACUGCUAUGACAGCGAUGAGUUUCACUGGAUUGUUCAUCGUGACCCUCGUCAGUGGAGGGGCUGCAGCACAAGAGUUCGCGAAACUCUGCCCCCGGAAGUAUCGUCAUUUGCCUGUCGUUUGCGGGGUUGACGCCAACGAAGUUCCGCACUGGGACCUUGGGGAGGAUGGUCAGCUCGCUAUAGGUACGUGCAGUUCAAACCUCAAUGUGCUCAUUCAUGGGCAGAUUGACAUGAUGUUCUCUCGGCACAUCCACAUUCAGCCGCUGAUGUUUGAACCUGACCGGAGGCACCUGAUUGGCACAGACCACGCCAUCGUCCUGGGUGGGUUGCCGGACAUCGAGAUAGUUGAUGAGGAUGAUCUCAUUGAGAUUGCCUCCAAGUGUACGAAGCCGAGGCGCUCGCAAAGGUAUCGUGAUAGUGAUGAGGUGAAGAAUGCAAUUGUUGCAGCUCGUAGCAGCAUGCUUCCUGCGGACUGGAAGCGGGUUCACCGCCUCCGCAAGCAGGAGCGUAGGCACUGGUCCCAGGCUCGACUUGCCAAGAUCCUCAAUGGCGACUGGGAUCAAUACCGCACGUUGCAAAACGAGAAGAAGCGACGACGUGGGUGGUGGGGUGACCUUCUUGAAGCUAAUGGUUCGUCUGAGCUGGCACAGAAGAUUACCAGCCACCUUGAAGAGAAAAUGCUCCACCCCUCAAAGACCUCGGCCGAAUGGGAGGAGGAGCUUCAUGACCUCAUCGGCUCCGCUGCUGAGGAUGACUUGUUUGUUCCGUUCACUCUCUUGGACGUUCGCACGGAGCUACAGGGCAUGAAAUGUCGCAGUGCUGUUGGUCCUGAUGGUAUUGGGGUCCACCUUCUCCGUGAAAUAGCCAGUCAUGACUUGCUGGGGCCCCGUCUUCUCAAUCUCGUGAACUUCAUUGUUGAGAGUCGCCAGUUGCCGCAUAGCUGGGAGAAAUCGUUCCUUGCGUUACUCGCCAAGUGUAAGGUCCCCAAGGAUGUGGGUGACUUGAGGCCGAUCUGUGUGUCAUCUGCCUUUCACAAGCUCGUCAAUCGCCUCGUAUGUGCACGUGCCCUGCCCAUUAUGAGACGUGGCUCCAAGAUCAGUUGCUGCGGAAAGGGUCGCCAGGCGGCCGACCUCAUCGGUGCCAUCAGUCGACUUCGAGAUAUCACCAAGGAAUGGCGCCACCCUCUCAUUCUGUGCAAGCUCGACGUCGCUGGGGCCUUUGAUAAGAUAGACCGAAGAAAAGUCGCUGAGCUUUUACUCGCCAGACUCAAGAACCGUGGGGUGAGCUUUGAACUUCGCUAUCUUCUGGCUCAGCUUGCGACGCACCAGUUGGUUGGCCAGGCUCCUGGAGGUCAGAUUGUUUCGCUGCGUCCUGAUAAUGGGAUCAAACAAGGUGCUCCUGAGAGUGCCGAACUGUUUGGACUCGUUGUUGACAGUAUUCUUUCCGAACUCGUCUUCUGCAAGAGAUGGGGUGACCUUGGCCAGCCGAUUGAGGGGCUUGACAUUGACCUGCUGUUCUAUCAGGAUGAUGUGUUCCUGGUUGAAACUCAGUUUGCCCGUCUUUGUCGCCGUAUUGGCAUUGUUGAUCGCUGCUUUCGGCAAGCUGGCCUCACGCUCGCAAAGUCGAAGACCAAGAUCGUUGCCAAUGACCAUUAUCUUGGCGCUCGUCGGGCAAAAGUUGGGGAUGACUUGUUUGUGAUCGCGCCGCGGGGUGAGUCUCUCAAGGUUCUUGGCAUCGCUUUCUCCCUGUCACAUGAUGCUUCAGAACAGGCCAAGGAACUAAUUAGUCGCACUCGUGACGCCGCGGCAGCUCAUAAAGACAUCUUGAAUGCCCCUGGACCCUGGCUUCACAAAGUGAACAUCAUGAAGACUCUGCUGGAAUCCCAGUUUGCGUGGACUGGAGGAGCAAUCCAUUGGAGUAAAGAUGACCUGCAUUGCAUGAAUGUCCUACAGCUCCAUACUUGUAGGUCAGCAUUUGGUCUUCGACGAGCUCCCGGAGAAAACUGGGUCCAAUGGAAUCAACGUAGCCUUCGGUUUGUUCGUGCUUGGCUUCACCGACAGGGGGUGCAUAGGUGGUCUGCUCGUGUCCUCACUCUUCAGCAUACACUACACGGUCAUUGGGCGCGCCGCACCGAGGUUGUUCGUGGUUCUGCACGUGCCUGUGCACCGAUGAGGGCCGUCAUGUGGCGCAACACUUACUGGUGGCGUGAACAACAAGCGCUAGACAGAGCUUCUUCGCUUCGGCAUCCACAACAAUUCUACGCUUCCAAUGUGGAGCGCCAACUUGCUCAAAGCAAUGGCAACCUGUGGUACGUUGCUGCUCAAGACCGCCAGACUUGGGCCGCCGAGCGAGUAAAAUAUAUCGAAGAAUGGGAUGUGAGAUGGUGCAAUGGUCGACAACUCUCCCUUCGCAUGUAG